AUGUGUGACGAACACGUCUUCACUGCCCGGAGCUCCCAGGCGAUGCCCGAGUCUGGAGUCAAGGCCACUGUAGGUUCCUUGUCUCUCAGUGCGUCUGGUCUCCUCUCCGCUGUUUCUCGCUUCUUCCACUUCUCUGUCUGUCCCUUCUGCUCGGCUGUAUUCGUAUGGAAGCCCUCACCUCCCCGCGCCUGUGUGUCCAGGUCCCUGCUGGGGCAGUACCUUCCCCUUCCUCCUCACUCAGGCCCAGGGUCACACUCCCCCUGCUCUGCUCCCGGGAGAAGCCCCACCUGCAGCCCCCAGAGCUGUUGCCAUCUCCCCGGCCACCACCUGCCCCUUGUGCCACGGGCCUGCCUCCUGGUGACCAGGCAGAGAGGGAAGCGAGGGAGGAAGGAAAGCCCUAAGUGGUGGUCCCCACAUCUGGGGCUCUCCUCCUCCCACCCCAGUUCACCCCGUGCUUGGCUGCCCGCCCACCUGCCUCUUGGGGGACCUGAGCUCGGAGACAGGUGCUUCAGAGAAGAAGAAAAAAAUGAUGAGGGGUGGCAGGGAUUAAAAAGUCACCUCCAUUCUCUACCUCCCGUACCCGCUGGGCUCCUGAAUUUAAAGAUGUGGAUCAAGACCUGUGAGCACUGCAGGGGUGAGGAGAGCCUCCCCACCCUGGGGCCUACCACACACUGCAGGAAGGGGAGUGUUUGGAAGAGAAGGGCCAGCUCCUGUAAGUUAAGAGCUGGGAUAGCAGUUUGCAAACCAGAGGGGAAUUGGGCAGCAGCAGGGAUUCCUGGGCCCCAUCUUCCAUUUCUUAUGUAA